AUGCAAGUGGAUAACCAGGUCUCUCCAGGGAAAGUUCCACACUUUUGUUCCAUUCGUUAUGGAAUCGCUGUCUUCCUGCUCCUCUGUAAUGUUAUAGUAAUGUCACAGCGUGUGUCUAUGAGCCUCACAAUGAUAGCCAUGGUGAACAACACGGAGCCACAUGGUUUGUCCAACACCUCCACAAAGGAGCUCCAGGAUAACAUAAAGAACCCUGUGUAUAACUGGAGCACUGAAAUGCAGGGGAUCAUGUUAAGUUCCAUCUUCUAUGGUAUACUCAUCAGCCAAAUUCCUUCAGGAUAUUUAUCUGGAAUAUACUCUUUAAAGAAAAUGAUUGGUUUUGCAUUACUUCUCAGCUCUGUAUUUACCCUGCUCCUCCCACUUGCAGCUGAACUUGGAGAAAUUUGGGUCAUUAUAUGCCGAGUAAUCAAGGGAAUGUUCCAGGGGAUAACCUUAACAACUCAGCAAGUAAUAUGGAUCAAGUGGGCUCCUCCCUUGGAACUAACCCGACUUACUUCUCUGAGUUUGUCAGGACUUCUACUAGGACCCUGUAUUGUCCUGCUUAUCACUGGAUUCAUCUGUGACUCCCUGGGAUGGCCCAUGGUCUUUUAUAUUUUUGGUGCUUGUGGCUGUGCCUUAAGUGUUCUCUGGUUCAUUCUGUUUUAUGAGGACCCAAAGGACCACCCAUAUAUAAGCAUCAGAGAGAAGGAAUACAUCACAUCCGCUCUCACCCAGCAGGUCAGCUCGAGUACACCCAUCAAAGUGCCCAUCAAAGCUCUGCUGAAGUCUGUUCCACUCUGGGUCAUUUCCCUCUGUAAUUUUGCUUUUUUCUGGUCAAAUACCUUCCUGAGUAUUUAUAUGCCAAUAUAUAUUGACUACAAGCUUCAAGUCGGUGUAAAAGAGAAUGGGCUGCUGUCUUCCCUCCCCCUUUUGUUUGCCUGGAUUUUUGCUGUCCUAGCAGGUUAUAUGGCAGACAUCUUCCAGACAAGGAAUACUUUCAGUCUAAUCACCAUCCGGAAACUCUUCACCUUGCUAGGACUUCUCCUGCCUUCCAUCUUCAGCCUCUGCCUGCUUUACCUGAGUUCCGACUUCUAUGGCACUAUAAUUUUCCUGAUACUUGCUAAUUCAACAUCAAGCUUUGCUAUGGGUGGACUAGUGAUAAAUCUCGUGGAUAUUGCUCCCAGAUAUUAUGGAUUUCUUAGAGGACUUACAAAUGUAAUUGGACUAACAGGAGGACUCAUUUCUUCCACUGUGACUGGAACCAUCCUUAGUGAGGAUGCAGAAUCUCCCUGGGUUAAAAUCUUCCUCCUGAUGAUAGGCAAUAACAUGAUAAGCCUAAUCUUCUACCUUAUAUUUGCUAAAGCAGAAGUUCAAGACUGGGCUAAAGAAAGACAAAACACCUAUCUCUGA